AUGAGCAAACGGUUGCGCUUAGAGCACGACUACGCGGAGCAGCUGCGGCAGGAAGCGGAAGAGGAAGAUGACAAACUUAAGAAGCAGCAGGAGCGGAUCUUCGCGCCUAUCACGUGGGCGCGUUUCCACAACGGCUUCCGCAUCAUCGACCUGAAGGAGAAACACUUCGGAGAUGUUAUCGAAUUGAUAAAAGAGCAUUACAUUCCGGUUGAAGUAUUAUGCAGGAAUGCGGAGAUUGAGGAAGAUGAAGUUUCAUUAAAGUCCUUCCUCGAUGAACUCAUGUUUAACAUGCGAGAUUCUACUUCGAUCAUAGCGAUUCAUGAAAGUUCGAAUGAAUUGGCCGCGGUUCUGAUAUUGCGUAUCGUGAACAAAAUCGAUUACAGUCGUGUUUUUACGCGAAUCGCGUUCAACGAGGGCGAGGCGCGCAAGAAGUGCACGGCUAUCAUCAACGCCUUAAGCCGAAAAAACGACGUCUACAAGAUAAUGAACUGCGACACCUUCCUCUACUACUCCUUGCUCUGCGUCAAUCCCACCUACAGGCACAAAGCUCUCGGUUACCAGCUUAUGAGAAUCGGCUUGGACGUCGCAGUGUCGCUGAAGGUUCCCGUUGCCAUGGGGAUAUUCUCCAAUUUCAAGAUGCAGAAGGCCGCGCGGAAACUAAACUUCAAGUUGAUUCAAGAAGUGAGUUAUACAAACUGGAGGGAUAAAAAUAACGAGCUAAUCUUCGGUGAUCCUGGCGCUGGAAAUUAUUCUUGCGCCUUGAUGAUUUGCUCCGUACCACCUGGAGGAACGACUGAUCCUCUGGUCAUAAAGGAAUUGUCGCCGGCCGAGACUAGGGUCGUUCAACCUCCGAGAACCCGACUCGAGAAACGGGUCAAAUUGGAACGAUCGAAGAAUCCGACUUCCACCACCGCCUAAAGACUCCAUCAACACCUCUUACCAGAUCCGAGAACUUAACAAUGAGCUCUACACUACACCUGCAUUGCUAUUCUCUCG